CGUGGUGAAGGACGAGGUAGAAGAGGAGGACGUGGUGAAAGACGAGGUGGAGGAGGAGUAAGGGCAAGGAGACAAGCAGUCUCGGAUGAAAUUGGAGCCACUUUAGUGGACCAUGUUGUUGUCCAUGGUAUGACCAUGAGGGAGGCUGGGCAACGAGUCCAGCCUAAUUUGAGUCGCUUCAUCAGAACCUUCAGGGAGGUGUACUUACAGUCCGACUGCUCCGUACAGUAACUUUUGAGUGCUGUACUCUGUGCUUUGACAUCACAUGCACUGUUGUACUAUGCUUCUGUAAUACUAAAUAAAUCCAUCAAAUCUACAGUAAUGCGUGCUUCUAUUUUUGCAGGAUACAGAGACGACCAUCUGGUGGUGGGAGGCCAAGGCUUUUGUCAGAGGAGCAAGAAAGGGAGCUUGUAAACAUGGUUAUUGCCAAUAAUGUAAUCCUCCUGCGACAGAUUCAAAGGAGAGUGAUUGAGGAUAAUAAUCAUUUUCAAGGAAUAAAUUCCAUCAGCCUUUCCACAAUUGAUCGCAUCCUCCGAAAGCAUCGGUUCCGGAUGAAACAGGUGUACCGCGUCCCUUUUGAACGAAACUCUGACAGGAGAAUCUUUGAGAUUGACGGCUGGCCUGUUCCACCUGAAAUUAUCUUUGUGGAUGAGGCUGGUUUCAACCUCACCAAAAGAAGGAGAAGGGGGAGGAAUAUAAUCGGCCAUCGGGCUAUUGUAAAUGUCCCUGGUCAGCGUGGAGGGAAUGUCACGAUGUGCGCAGCCAUCAGCCAACGAGGGGUACUCCACCGCCAUGCCAGUCUAGGACCCUAUAAUACUACUCUCCUUCUUUCAUUCCUUGACGGUCUAAGAGAGCAUAUGUUCCAGCUGGACCACAGGGAACCAGCACAACCAGAGCACCCUCACUAUGUUGUUGUUUGGGAUAACGUCAGCUUCCAUCGCGCUGCUCUGCUUCGUGACUGGUUUACCAAUAACCCAAUAUUUUCCAACCUCUUUCUGCCUGCAUACUCUCCAUUUCUUAACCCAAUAGAGGAGUUUUUUUCGGCAUGGCGGUGGAAAGUGUAUGACCGAGAACCUUUUAUGCGUGUUCACCUCCUUCAGGCCAUGGAAGAAGCCUGCCUAGACAUAUCAAUAGAUGCGUGCCAGGGGUGGAUCAGGCAUGCAAGAGGAUUUUACCCCCGCUGCCUGGCUAGGGCCAAUAUAGCCUGUGAUGUGGACGAGAUUCUCUGGCCUGACCCAGAGCAACUGUGUAGUACUGUAAUACAGUAA